AUCAAGUUGAGUGAAUAAGAACAGAGCUCGGAGAGUGCCAUACUCUCCCGUGGACUAGUCCCGAAUCUCGGGGAUACCACGUAUAUCGUGUGUUGGUUUCGUUUUUGUUUAUCGUUCUUUAGUUAAGCCUGAUUUGUUAACAUGGUAUCAGAGCUUUCGUCUGGCGAUUCUGAUCGUCUUGUUGCUCGUUUGAACUCCAAGAAUUACGCUCUAUGGGAGUUCCAGUUCCGGAUCUUUGUUGAAGGCAAAGGCCUUCUUGGCUGGAUUGAUGGUUCAUCGGAGAAACCCGAUGUUGCGGCUCCGGCGGAGGACAUCGCUAAGUGGAAACAAGGUGAUGCCAAGGUUAAGUCUCUGAUAUUGGGGUCGGUUGAUCCGACCAUUGUGCUUGGGCUCCGGUUGAUGAAGGACGCGCGGUCAAUGUGGAAGCAUCUUGAGACCACGUAUUCUUCUCACAAUGUAGCUCGGCAGUUUGAAGUCCAGACUGCGCUCGAUCAUUUGGAGCAAGGCGAUCGAGAUAUUUCCACCUAUUAUAAUGAUGCUCAGGAGCUGUGGACUGAGCAAGAUUUGCUUACGGCGGCGCUGCGGUCCAAGGAAGCCUCGGCUGAAGUCAUGGAGGAACGCCAGCAGCAGCGCGUUCUUACGUUUUUGAUGCGGUUGCGUCCCGAAUACGAAGCUGUUCGUUCCUCUCUCAUUAAUCAGGAUGAGAUUGUCAUGGAUGGAGUGCUGGGCAAAUUGCUGCGGGAGGAGUCCCGCCUUCGUGCUCAAUCCAAGCUCGCGGCUCGUCCCGGUGAAGGUGAGGUCGUGUUCGCUGCUGCUGCCCCUGGGUCGUCGGCCGUUCCCCAGCAGGGAUCGCCGGCGCAAGCCUUCGCCGCCACUCGACCUCAAUUCCAGAACCGGGUGCCUGUGUCGGAACUGGAGUGCCACCAUUGUCACGUGAAAGGGCACUUACAGAAGCACUGCCGCCAGAGGAACAUGUGUGUUUAUUGCAAGAAACCGGGACACAUAGUCCUGGAGUGUCCUUCUUUGCAAAAUCGCCGGCGUUCCCGACCUGAUGCUGCUGGAGGCCCCUCGAACCCGGCGUUUGCUGCCCAGCCUGCUCCGUCCAUGGCGGGUCAACCAGUGCUCACGACUGAGGCCGUUGAAGGGCUGGUUCAAGCUGCUCUUCAGCGUUCUCUUCCGACGGCGCUAAGCUCGGCCUUUGCGUCUCUCCAAAUGUCAGGAAGAGAAGACGGGGAGGCAGGUCGGGCACGGGAGUAGACAUGGGCGCAUUUUUCAGUUGGAGGAGCUCUCGGAUCAAUCAUCCCGUAGUCAGUCUUCCUUUGCGUGUCCCUCGCAGUCUGUUUUUUCGUGUUCAGUUUUCUCGAGUCUUGCUGAUCAGAACUUGCAUCUUUGGCAUUCCCGUCUUGGUCACCCACAUUUGAGUCGGCUUGUAUCCAUG